AAUUACAGUGUAAACGUGAUGUUUACAUGAGGAGUGUUGAAAAACCUCCCUCCCCGCGAUGCCUGCAUCCGCCAAUGACUGCAGCAAAGGUCACCGAGAAAGCGACGUACCAGGUAUGGCUGUUGUAGACUGCGUCGGUCCGGAGGAGGAGAGCUGGAGAGGAGACUGAGUAGAGCCAAAGGAAAUAAGAGAUCAGACAAACACAGCAAGCAGCAUGCCGUUUGGGAUGGUAACGCUUCCCACUGUCCGAUACCAUCAUCACUAAGCAUUGAACAAAUCUUCAAAGCGGAGGAUAAUGAUGACAUCAAAAAUUCAGACUGAUACAGUGUGAUCCAUCAUUCCUGGCCUGACGUUGACAUGGCAACAGGCAGGAAGGGGUCGACCUCAAAGGGAGGAAGUGUGCGUUUCCCUGACGACGAGGAUGCCAUGGGCUCCCCUGUUCACCGUGAGGACAAAGCCAAGGAUUCUUCCAUCCCUGCUCUCCCAGAGCCUGAUGGGAACUUCCUGGUUAAGGUAGGGUUCCUGAGGAGUCUGCAUCGUUAUGAGAUCGUCUUCACCCUCCCAGAGGUGCCUGUGCUGGGGAAAGAUGUGUGCUCCCUCCCUUCCUCCUCAUCACCGACUCCCAGACCCCUCCUCAAAGUCAACCGUGUCACACCCACACCAGAGGGUGGGGUAAAGGUGACGUGUGAGUACAUCACCCACCAGGAGGGGGUGCUGCAGGAGGAGCUGACCCUGGUCAGCCGGGGGAAGAAAGACCAACGUCUGCGGGUCAGACUACAGGCCCGGGUCAUGGAUCGUCACCAUGGUACUCCUCUGCUGCUGGAGGGGGUGCGGUGUCUGGGGGUGGAGAAAGAAAAAAGGAAAUGAGCCGUCUGUCCCUUUAUAUCUUCCCCCUCCUGUAGAGACCAGCCAUCAUCCAUCCCUUUAUAUCUUCCCCCUCCUGUAGAGACCGGCCAUCGUCCGUCCCUUUAUAUCUUCCCCCUCCUGUAGAGACCAGCCAUCGUCCGUCACUUUAUAUCUUACUCCUCCUGUAGAGACCAGCCAUCGUCCGUCACUUUAUAUCUUCCCCCUCCUGUAGAGACCAGCCAUCGUCCGUCACUUUAUAUCUUCCCCCUCCUGUUGAGACCAGCCAUCAUCCGUCCCUUUAUAUCUUCCCCCUCCUGUUGAGACCAGCCAUCGUCCGUCCCUUUAUAUCUUCCCCCUCCUGUAAAGACCAGCCAUUGUCCGUCCCUUUAUAUCUUCCCCCUCCUGUAGAGACCAGCUGUCGUAGUGGAACAAAACCAGCACUUACCUGCACUUAGCCACACACAUGCAUGCACCCGUAGUGGCACACACACACCUGAGGAGGCUGAUGGGAGGUGCUAUAGGGACAGCUUAGUGUAAAGACUGGAAUGGAACAUGUGGAACGGUAUCAAACAUGUAGAAACCACGUUUGACUCUGUUCCAUGAAUUCCAUUCCAGCCAUUACAAUGAGCCCAUCCUCAUAUAGCUCCUCCCACCAGCCUCCUCUGACACACAAACACACACACAAACUGCUUUUUUGUGAUUAGCCCUGUAAUGAAGACCAAGGUGUCCAUGAUCACUUAUAGUUCCCAAAAUGUAAAAUGACACAUUCCUCAGUGAGGUAGCCAAUGUGUUUCCAACAUCCACUGUAGGUCCAUUAUAUAACCAGGCACUGCAGCUCCUUUGCUUCUCGUCCCUUCUGUCGUUCUGCAACAAGAGCCAAGCGUCAACCAGCCUUAAACGAUCAGAAAUAUGAUUAACAUUUUAAUUGUGCACGUCAAUAUAACCUGUCAUUGUAUUAGGAUUUACACUGAGUGGACAAAACAGUAAGAACACCUUCCUAAUAUUGAGUUGCACCCCCCCAUUCACCCUCUGAAUGUCACACAGACACAAUCCAUGUCUCAAUUCUCUCAAGGCUUAAAAAUCCCUCUUUAGCCUGUCUACUCCCCUUCAUGUACACCGAUUUGAAGUGUAUUUAACAGGUGACAUCAAUAAGGAAUCAUAGAUUUCACUUGGAUUCACCUGGUCAGUCUGUCAUGGAAAGAGAAGGUGUUCUUAAUGUUUUGUCCCCUCGUUGUACAGUAUGUGUUCUGUGUGAGCGCCACCUUUGACCAACUAUGUAAGAGUAUGCCUUUUAGUCUGUGUCCUGCAAAAUUGUCUCUGUAUUGUACUAGAUUCUCCUAUAUCUCUGUCAGUAAAUAAAAUAUAAUCUCAACUGUUAACCUGUA